UGUAGGAGUAACUGAAGGAAAGUAAAGCCAGUGCACAUCACAGACGUCAGUACAACUGGUGUUCAGUUAUCAGCGGGAAGUGAUGGCUACGCAAGAUGAGGUUGGAAUUGGUGAUUUCGUCCUUUUGGACGAAAUCACCAUGGAAACUUUUAUGGAAAACCUUAAAAGAAGAUUUCAAGGUGGAAAGAUAUACAGCUAUAUAGGAGAAGUGUGUGUUUCUGUCAAUCCAUACCGAACUAUGAAUAUUUAUGGGCAAGAAUAUAUCACUCAGUAUAAAGGAAGAGAAUUCUUUGAAAAUCCACCCCAUAUAUUUGCAAUAGCAGAUGCAGCUCAUAAAGAAAUGAAGCAACAGGGACGUGAUACAUGUAUAGUUAUUAGUGGUGAGUCAGGAAGUGGAAAGACAGAAGCUUCAAAAAUAAUAAUGAAGUAUAUAGCUGCAGUGACCAAUUUAGGUGGUCGGCAGGAAGUUGAGAGAGUGAAAAAUGUUCUUCUCCAGUCAAAUGCCAUUCUUGAAGCAUUUGGAAAUGCAAAAACGAAUAGGAAUGACAAUUCCUCCAGGUUUGGAAAGUACAUGGACAUAAACUUUGAUUUCAAAGGAGAUCCAGUGGGAGGCCACAUUAAUAAUUACUUAUUAGAAAAGUCAAGAGUAAUUUUACAACAGAAAGGAGAAAGAAAUUUUCAUAGUUUUUACCAGUUGCUUGGUGGUGCAAGUGAGCCAGAGCUUAAGGAAUUCCAGCUCAGUCGUGACCCCGGAAACUAUUUUUACACUCGACAAGGAAAUGCUUCAAAAGUAGAGGCAAUCAGUGAUAGGUCAGAUUACAAAGCAACUGUUGGAGCAUUCAAAACAUUGGGGUUUUCCAGUGCUGAAACAGAUACAGUCUGGAAAAUUGUGGCUGCAAUUCUUCACUUGGGUAAUGUGGAAUUUACUUCACAAGAUGAUAUUGCUCGGCCUGUAGACCAAGGAGCAGUAAGCCGUGUAGCAUCUAUGCUUAGUGUGGUACCAGCUGAGCUGACUAAGGCACUAAGUGAAAGGGUUAUAGCAGCUCGUGGGGAAGUCAUGCAGAAGACCCACAACCAGUCAGAAGCCGAAUAUGGCAGAGAUGCAUUAGCCAAGGCUGUGUAUGAUAGAUUAUUCACAUGGAUUGUGGGAAAAAUAAAUGAGACACUUGGUAGUGGUGAUCUUCAGAUGAAGAAAUCAUACAUGGGUACAGUGAUCGGUGUGCUAGACAUAUAUGGAUUUGAAAUAUUUGAUACAAACAGUUUUGAACAGUUUUGUAUUAAUUAUUGUAAUGAGAAGUUACAGCAACUCUUUAUUGAACUUGUUCUUAAGCAGGAACAAGAAGAGUACUGUCGUGAAGGAAUUGAGUGGAAGAACAUAGAGUACUUUAAUAAUCAAAUCAUCUGUGACCUAGUGGAGCAACCACACAAAGGUGUUUUAGCAAUAUUAGAUGAGGCUUGCCUGACUGUUGGAAAGAUUACAGAUGAGAUGCUGCUGGAAGCUAUGGAUGAAAAACUGUCUAACCAUGAACAUUUCACAAGUCGCCAGCUAAAUCCAAUGGACAAGGAACUAAAGCAUAAAGUAGAGUUUCGCAUUAGGCACUAUGCAGGAGAUGUGGUGUAUAACAUCAUUGGUUUUCUUGACAAGAACAAAGAUACUUUGUUUCAAGAUUUCAAGCGACUUCUUUUCAACUCAUCUAAUAAGUUAAUUAGCAGCAUGUGGCCUGAAGGUGCAAUGGAUAUAACAAAGACAACCAAAAGGCCACUGACAGCAGGGACCUUGUUCAAAAACUCCAUGAUUGCUUUAGUGAAGACUCUGAAGAGCAAGGAACCAUUCUAUGUCCGGUGCAUUAAGCCAAAUGAUGUAAAAUCUGCUAGUGUAUUUGACUCUGAGCGAGUGGAACACCAAGUGCGAUACCUCGGGCUCUUGGAAAAUUGCAGAGUGCGCAGAGCAGGAUUCGCGCAUCGCCAGAGUUAUACAAAGUUUCUUAAACGGUAUAAGAUGAUAUCACAUUAUACAUGGCCUAACUUCAGAGCUGGCACUGACAAAGAGGGGACACGAAUGCUCAUUGAUGAAAAGGGAUUUUCACAUGAUGUCAAAUAUGGGCACACAAAAAUAUUUAUUCGUUCACCCAGAACACUUUUUGCUUUGGAACAGGCAAGAAACCAGCUAAUUCCGGGCAUUGUGAUCCUGCUUCAGAAACUGUGGCGUGGCACAAUAUGUAGGAUUCGUUACAGGAAGAUGAAAGCAGCACUAUGCAUAUUUAGGCACUACCGAAAGUACAAGAUCAGGAGCUACAUGAUCCAGUUGCAGACUGCCUUCAUGCAUGUGAAAUCACUGCGGGAUUAUGGAAAAACUAUUAUAUGGCCAUCACCACCAGUGGCUGUACGCCCUCUAGUGCCCCUUCUGAAAAAUAUUUACAGUUGUUGGAGAGCAUGGAUGAUCCUAAGGCCAAUUCCAAGAGAUGAAUGGCCACAGCUGAAGCUCAAGAUUAUAGCUGCAUCAGCACUGCGAGGGAAGCGUGCACACUGGGGGCAAACACGCAAGUGGGAAGGCAAUUAUCUUGCCCAGAGUAGUGAAAACCAGAAUGCCAAUCUUUUCAUGACAAGUGUUAAUAGCCUUCGUUCGUCAGACAGGUUCCAGAAGGUCCUAUUCUCAUCAUUCAUUCGCAAGACAAACAGGUUCAGCAAAUGUGCUGACAGAGCUUUGCUCGUAACUGAGAAUAUGCUGUACAAACUGGAAACAAAUAAGUUCAAACCAAUGCGAAAGGGCUCUUCAAUUUCAGAGGUAACUGGCCUGAGUGUUAGUCCUGGACGGGACCAGCUAAUAGUAAUACACUCCAACAAAGGCAAUGACCUUGUGGUGUCUUUACAGGCAAAUGAAGAUCGAAUUGGAGAACUGGUUGCCAUUCUAUGUUCUCGUUACCAUGAGUUCCGCGGCAGUGAUCUGCCGGUUACAGUCAGCAGUAGCUUCCAGUGUAUGCUGGGCAACAAGAGCCUUCCUGUAAGGGUUGAAGUAUCUGCAGAUUCACAAGCAGCAGAUUUCAGGCGUGAUGGCAGUGCUAUUGUUUACACCUUACCAUCCAGUUAUGCAUCAAUCAUGGAAAAUGGACAACAACAGAAGAUUGCCGCAUGAUAAUGACAGAUGAAAUUGGAGCGUGGAGGGUUAACUUGUAACGACAGUUUUGAUGCUUGGCACGCCACAGCAUCAAUGUACCUUCAAGCUACAAAUCAAUUAUUUAUUGUGCAACUGGUGUUUGAAACUAGGCAUCGUCAGCAAUCUUACACUGACACUAAUCACAUCCGAGUGUAUAUUUGUUAGCAACUAUCAGUUUUUCUUUUCUGGAGAAACACUAAAAGUAGUUACCUAAUACAUUUUAUGACAACAUAGAUGUGAUUAGUGCCAGUUUAGGUUCCUGAAGAUAAGUUGGUCCCAAACACUGGACAAGCAAUAAAUAAUUUGUAUACAGUUUAAGUUUUGUUAAAAAAGGCUUUUAUGAAGAUAAAUUGUAUGAUUCUUAAUGUAUUGGCUGCUGUUAGUAUUCUCAGCUGGAGAAAUUUUCUUACUGCAAAGUUUGUUUCCCCUUUGCAGAACAAAGAUGUUGAACAGCAUGGUUUGUUAUUUAAAAGUGUUGUAGUAAAGUUGGGUAUUUUACAGUAGCUACCAGUUAUCUUAAAUUAAUCCUGUUAAAAAAGUUACACAAUCAGUAGCUACCAGCUGACAAUCUUAAAUUAAUCCUGUUAAAAAAGUUACACAAUAUAUUUUGGGUGAGAAACUUGAGCCUUUCCUUUCAUAUUUAUGUCAUAAAAUUAUUUCUGUGGCUUGUUACGUUGUACAUCCUUCAUAUAUAUUUUGUGUGUGUGUGUGUGUGUGUGUGUGUGUGUGUGUGUGUGUGUGUGUGUACCUACAUGUUCUUUUUCUUACUUCACUUUAAGUAUCGCUGGGGACUGAAGCAAAGUGCAAUAAUGUAGUUAAAUUUUUGUAUGACUUUGAUUUCAAAAGAAAGUUGUGGGAUGCAGGGCAGCCUGGUUGAUUACUGAUCAAUGAAAGCCAAAUUUAAUGUACAGUAUUUUACAAAGUCACAUUUUUGUAUGUGCUAAUUUACAUUUUGAACUAUGUUUAACGACUUGAUGUAGUACCAUUAAGAAGCAAGUUGAUGUAUUUGUAGAAUUUUCAGUCAUUGCUAUAGAACUGAAUGAGCUCGUAUGAGAUGUAUUUAUUCAUAAUGAUUAUGUGCCAUGGCAUUUUUGUUAUUUUCAAAGAUCAGUAACUAUUGAACUGAUGAACUGCAGUUUGUAAUAAAUAUUUCAUAACCUUAGCCCUUGCUCCCCAUAGAGAGCUGUGGACAACUUAAUGUGUCAUCAUUUAACAGUUCAAUAAUUGAUAUAGGCUAAUAUUUACCCCAAGGAGUUGUUUAAUUGUGCAAAUAUUUAGCGAUCCAUCACCCCUCCCCUCCCCCCCGGCCCCCGCCCUCCUCAAGCCUCUCUCUCUCUCCCUCCAUCUCAAUCUUUUCUGACAUCCCUUUUUUUAACUGUACUCACUAUCUAUUCUCAGCUGCUAUAAAAGGAAAGUUGUACAGUUAUAUAGUUGCAUUUAGAUUAUUUUAAUUUUUUAUAUAACUUCUGUGUAUUGAGUAAUUGAGCUUUUGCAUACGUCUUGCAGUAAUACAAUAAAAGUUAUUUCAAAUUGAUGAAAAUAUUUUAAGAGCAUAUAUUUUUAUUGUAAAAUUUAGAAAAUGUUUUGUAUUAAAUGCUGUUAUAGAAAUGGUAUGUUUAACAUUUUUGAAAUUGAUGUUACACUAAAAGUGAAACGUGUGACACAUUAUAUUAUAAUAACAGCUCAGUUUUUAUGAGGCUGACAUUAUAUUUUUAUUUUAUUUAUCAGUAAUGUAUAUUCGUAAUUGUAAGAGCAGAAAUAGGAACAGAACAUUGUGAAAUGGUGCUAAACAGGAAAGACUAAUGUAAGUAAAUUUUUAAAAAAAGUACAAAUUGCACAUAAUUUCACUUGAAGUGCCUUAGAAAUGCUUUCCUAUGAUGUGAUAUUUUUAAUUUUUCUUGUAUAAAAUAUAGCAUUAAACAGUGUUAUUCAAACUGUAAAUAUGUAAUUCAUAGUAUUAAAUUUGUUCCUCUGUUAUGUUGCCACACUAAUUUUUCUUAUCCACAGUAGAAUGACACAAGAAAUCAGUUUCUGAAAUUAUUACAUAUGAAUGUCUCACCUCUUCUCUGUUUUAAGUAUCUGAGCAUAUAAUUAUAACAUGUGGUUGGUGAUUUUUCCUGUGAAUGUAUUCAAACAAUGCUGUUUUACUACAGUAUUCUGAUGCCCAGAUUUAACUGGAGGUCUUAAAAAAAUUAUGGUAUAAAAUAUAUUGCUCAUCAUGAAUUUUUCUGUACAUUCUCACAUUCCCUACAAUGCAUCCAGAUCUGUAGUUUGUCUCCAUUUUUUGUGCCUGUUUUAUUUAUGAAGAAACUGUAAUCCAUUUUAUAUUUACCUGUGCUGAUAAUAAAUUCUUGAAUCCUUAGUUCCAUGCUUUGCAAUGGUUAUCAGCAUUUGAACACUGGCUGGAAUAAAAUUCUGAAGUUGAUGGAACAGUUAAUUCAUUUGAAUGUUUAAUUAGUGACAGAGUUUCUUACAGAUUUUACAGUCAGGCAUUUAAAUUUGUAUGAAUGUUUCAUGUAAAAAAAUAAUGUCUCAUGGUAUCCCAUAUGCCUUCAUGAUGAAUGCUUAAUUUCCAGUAACUACUGAUGUUCUCUGACCUGCGUGACCUGGAAGUGACCACAUUGUAGCUUAACUGUUGGUGUGCACAUAUAAUUUGCAGUUACAACAUUGAAAGACAUUUUCUACCGCCUAUUUUGGAACGUAAAUAAAAAAAUAAAGUUAUUUUGGUCUUUUAAAGUAAUGUAAUUGGGCUUCUUGCAGAAAAUUUUGCAUCAUCUGAUAUUUAAUGCAUUUACAGUGUCCAUAUUUGAUUAAUUUUUCAAUACUUUUUGGUUGUAAUUUUGUGCAGCCAAGAAAUGUACUUAAUGUAUGAUAUGUUAAAUGAGCUAAUGUUGUUACCAAUGUAUUAUUGUAGUCAUUAUGAGUUUCAGUGAUUGUGUUCAGUUGUGCCAUUAUGAAAGUAAAGAUUUCAAUUCUGGAUGAGUGCUUUAUGUCUUCAAUUACUCUGUUUUGAUUAACAGUUGACUCUAUAAUAUGUGAGACUGGGGAAAAUAAUUUCCAUUUUAUGACAUUUUUUUGAUGGUGGAGGUCAUUUUCCAUAUGGGAAUACAGUAUUAACAGUUAUAUAGCACACCCUUGUGUGAUAGUUGUGCCAUAACAUCACAAAAAAUUGCUAGAAAAUGGUAUGAAAUACAUAUUCAUGUUUCAAUACUAUGAAAUUAAUUAAUGUAAGAAUUGAAUUUUAUAGAAUGAUCCAGAAUGAUAAUUCGACCAAAUAAAAUAGAAAAAAUAUAUUCUUAAUUAGUGGUGACAGACUGAAAGAAAAAUCAAUUUUUGUUAAUAAUGCCUAUGGAGCUCUGCUUCCUUCAUGUCAUUUAUUUUUUGUUGGGCAGAAGAACUGAUAGUUCCAAAUGUUAAUAUAUCUGACAGACUAUAUUUUGUGAGUGGAUCUGCUGAUAUGUGAUGAGUAUACAUUAUUCUAUUUUUAUUUGCUCAUAGUAUUUGUUUAGAGAUGUAGAAUUCACAGCCAGUAUUUUUAAAACUGUCAGUAUUUAUUAACAGUGUGUUUCAUCAAAGAGUGAUAUUCUGGAAGAUCCUCAAUAAAUGUGUCCUUAAAGAAAAAAAUGUGAACUUUGUAAGUUUAAAGAAAUAUUACUACAAGAAACAAAUUUUAUGUACAUCAGUAUUUAUAUUGUAUUUAAAAAUAAUGGGUGUUAAAAUUCAAAAUUUGUUUAUGGUUGUGGCUCUUGUGAUGCGUUCCCUAGCUACACUUGUGCACCACAUUUUAAUGAAAGAUAUGUGCUACUGGUGCUCUUUGCACAGAAAAGUAUAAGAACAGAGUAAACUGUAACAGGAGAUAAUUGGAAAUAAAAAUUAUGAAUCUGA